UACGCACGUGUCAAAUGUAAACAAAUAGACUACAAAAAUAUGGCAGGAGGACCAACAACCGAUGACUCCGAUUCGGAGGAUGACGCCCAGAUGCGUCAGUUCCUGGAGGCGACAGACAGCACCCUGCUAACAAAUGACAUGUUUCAGGAGCAGCCGAAAGCAAAAACAGAAAAAGUAGCUGAAAUAGAGCAGCCGGUGACCACCAGGAAACAGGAAAAAACAACACCCAAAAGCGAACGCUACGUGGAGGAGCAGGACGCUCCCAUCAGCGAUCUGCAAAUCACAAAAGAGAUGCAAGCACACAUUUGGAGCAGGCUCAGUGGCAUAAUUCAAGAGCAGAUCGAGUUUAUUGAAGAAGAAACCAAAAGCGUGAAAAAACAGAAGCCUUCAGUUGACAAAGUAAAGUUGGUAUCCAAUGCUGAUUGCUAUUUAAUCGCCGAUUUGGUGGAAGAAGGUCCUCCGGGCCCUAAAAAUAAACCAAUCAUUAAAAGACGGAUCCCCAAAGAAGAUCAAUCCUGUCCAGAAGAUCUUAACUCUGUAGUAGUCACCGGUGAAUCUAUACUUGAGGGCAAGGACAUGAUUGCCUGGACUCAGAAGAAACCGCGAAAGGACAAAAUCUUGCAGUACAGAGCCAGCGAUCCAAAGGCAUCCAAGUUAGUGGCCAUUGAGCCCACAAACGAGUUUACCAAGCGCAGAAGGCAAAAUAAUUGGAACGAAUCAAAGAUCAGCGAAAAGAAAAGGAAUAAAUAAAAUAUAAAGUUA